CAUUAUCCCGACAUUUAUGUAAACAAACUUGUCCGAUUACUUGACCGUGAUUGGAUCGUUGACGUACAGUGUUGUAAUGUAAUUUUUCGGAUUUGGGAUUCAACAGAAUAACUUGAGAUGGGCAACGUCAUUAUAUUUCAUUCCUAUACGAAGAAUAAUCUGGAAAAGUUUUGAUUUUUGGAAGAUGCUGGGACUGUCCAUUGUGAACGUACAGACGGUCUUCGUUGCUUUUGUCGUUGGACUUUUGGUAUACUACAUCAGAAAAUGGGCCCUCUAUCGACUACCCCCGGGGCCGUGGUCUUUCCCUCUAGUCGGCAACUAUGAAGUGUAUUCCAAACCGUUAUUGCACAGAACAUUUCUCAAACUGUCCAAGAAAUACGGCCCAGUAUUUCGCUUGUCGUUUGGUCACGUUCCGUUCGUGAUUUUAAACAAUUAUGAAGUUGUGAUGGAGGCAAUGGUAAAGAAGAAAACUGAUUUUGCAGGACGACCUUCCUCCACAACGUUUUCUCUCUUCUCUGAGGGAUAUAAGGACAUUGCUCUGGCUACGUACUCCCCCAUGUGGCAGUAUCACAGACGGAUAGCUACGAAAGCUCUCAGAAAUUACCUACAAGGCGACCUCCUGGAGAAACUCACACAAGAUAACAUGACAAAAGUGAUGAACAUGAUGGCAGCAGAGAAAGGGCCAUUUGAACCCAAGUCUCACCUAGACAACAUAGUCUUCUACCAACUCUAUACAUUCUGCUUUGGAGAAAAGAAGGACAUAGGUGAUCCAGAAGUUAGGUUUCUGAUAAGAGAGCGAGACUUGGUGAACAAAACUGUGGGAAAUGGUAUCCGAGAGGAUUUGUUGCCAUUCCUAAAGGAUAUAUAUCCGUCUAAACGUUACACUAUCCUAAAAAAAGCAGCCAACAAAAUUUUUGAUUUUCUCUACAUGAAGUUUGAGGAACACAAGGACACAUUUGAUUCCAACAACAUCCGUGACCUGACGGACCAUCUACUGAUGGCGAGAUCUGAGGUAGAACGGACAGGCGAUGAAGAAUCCCUGCAGAAGUUAACAGACACCUACCUGUUACAGACUAUAUCCGACAUAUUUUUCGCCGGUGUAGACACAACCAGAAUAACACUAGAAUGGUUCCUAUGUUUCAUAUCUGGACUUCCAGAAAUACAGGCCAAAUGUCAAAAGGAAAUCGAACAAAAUAUAGGGAGACGUUGUCCAUCAAUAGUGGACAGACAGUGUUUGCCUUACACUGAGGCGUGUCUAUACGAAACAAUGAGAGCAGGAGUGAUAAUUGGACUAGGUCUUCCUCAUCUUACCAUAUGCGAUACCAACGUUGGUGGAUAUGACGUUCCCAAAGACACAGUAGUUUUUAUCAACCAUUAUGCUCUGCAUCAGGAUCAGAGUUACUGGAAAGAUCCAGAGAAAUUUGAUCCACUUCGAUACUUAGACGAAAAUGGUAAAAUGGAUCCCAAAAAACUUGACAGUUGGCUGCCUUUUUCUGCCGGAAGAAGGGCGUGUCUAGGAGAGUCUGUGGCAAAACCGGAAAUCCUGAUGAUGUGUGUGCAUCUUCUACAACGCUUCCACAUUUCAUUACCGGAGGGUGUAAAACCAAAUUUCGUUGGUGAACAUCGUAAUAUAUUUGGAACAGAAAGUCCUGGUGACUUUAAAAUUGUUGUUACAGAACGUUCUUAGAUUUAAACAAAAUAUUCCUCUGUUAGAACUUUCUUUAACAGAUUGUUUAAUAUCAACUGUUAUAGGGUUAGUUUUCUCGUUUCUUUUUUAUGAAUAUAUAUAUAUAUAUAUAUAUAUAUAUAUAUAUAUAUAUUACAGGAAUGACUCAAAUUUACAUUGCUGUUUUAUGUGAAAAUUGUGGAUCAGUUGAUUUGAUAGAGCCUUUUCAAAUUCUUCAUAAUAUAUAGCUUAUGAUAAAGAAUAAUUUAAUUUUCAUAAAUCUAGUGCAAUCUUACAUGGAGCAAAUUCAUGGAAUUAUUUUGAAUAACGAAAUACAAUGUAUCCCAUUAAAGGAAGUUUAAAGUUUGAAAUAUCCGCUUUUGUUUCAAGAUGUGUGUACAUCUACACUGUAUAGUUUCAGUCACUCAUGGACUCAAUAACUUGAACAUUCAUCUAUAUUGAUAAAUUACAGCGUUAAAAGAAAAUUUAUCCUUUUUUGAAUUUUGAAAAGGAUAAAAAGACUGAUAUAGGAUCUCCCAUGGUUUGUAGUUUGAUAUGAUUUAUAUUAAAUUAGUUGUGGGCUUUCUAUCCCAGAGCCUUGACAAGGGGAUGGAAAACACACAACGAUCAAAUGAAACCUCAUACCAUGUACCAUAGGAGAUUCUUUUUAUCACAUGUUAACCCCCUCCUGGUAUUCAUUUACGUUACUGUACUGUUAGGAAUUUUACUUCCUGAAAUACUGUAAACAAACUAUAUAUAAUUGACGUUUUUGUGACGUCACAAACGGCGUAGGUCACUAGGAAAAUAGUGUGAUGUGAUGAAAGUUUAUGUAAUGGGUGAUAUCCACUGGAUAAUUGAGUAAACAUAAACAUGUGAUAAUAUAUAAAUAUUGCAUGUAGUUAAGGGUAACAUUGAAAAUUUUCACCACGAGAAAACCAUUGUCAACCGAAGCAUGUCAUAUUUCAAUAGAGGUGUUUCGCGAUGUACCCAUUUCCUUUUAUGACACCGGAUUAUGUAUCAAUGAUAGGGUAUUUGUAGCAAAUGUUUUCAUAGCAAUACUGGGUCUGGUGAUUUUAUUUGAUAUUCAUUUUAUUACUAUUUCUGCAGAUUUUCUUUAUAUCAAGGACCUGGGUCUAUCCAAUUGAAAAAAAAGAAGAUAAAUUUGCUUGAAAUCAGGAAAAGUGUUUUAUACAAAGAAGUAGGGAAAACAGUGCAGUAAGGUAUAAUUGGACUUGUUAUGACUUUCAAUUUGUCAAAGCUUACCCCAUUUACAUAAUUAGAGAAAGAAAUUAUGUUUACUUAACGAUUUUGAGGGAAAUUUCAAUAUGUGGGCCCUUGGAGGAGAAUUAUGAAAAAUAAGGCUACCUAAAUUGUUUCUAUGUUUUCAUUGUUGGGGAAUUGUAGGACAAACAAUUCGGAGAAAUACCUGCCUUUCAGCAUUGGAAAUGACCAUGGGUCUUAUUUCGGUCCCGCACAGACCCCAAAAAAUAUAACAUUACUGUAAUAUUUUUGCUGACUUAAAUAUCAAUAUAUU